GGCGGACCUUCCGGACCUGUCGGACCUGCUGGACCUGUCGGACCUGCUGGACCUGUCGGACCUGCUGGACCUGUCGGACCUGCUGGACCUGUCGGUGCUGGCCCACAAGGUCAACCGAGUACCAGUGGUUCUUUCGGAUUCGGCGUCCCAAGCGCAGGCUUACCCUUUGCCGCGGGAUCAAGCGGACCCCUAGGAGCUCUUCCCAGUGGCACUGCAGGAUCCCCUACCGGUGUUUCCGGUGGUUUCCCUAGCGGUUUCCAUGGUGCUUUCCCUGGCGGUUUCCAUGGCGGUUUCCAUGGCGGUUUCCAUGGCGGUUUCCCUAGUGGCCCGAGCGGCGUAUCCCCCGCUGGUGGCCCCGGAUCUGCUGGUCCUAGCGCUGCACCAUCAGGUGGCCGACCUGGCGCAGCAGCCGGAGGCUUCCUUCCCAGUGGAGGCGUCCCUGGAGCAUGGUACCCUGGUAGCUACAAUGUAUGGCCGGUUUAUGGCCCAGUAUAUUACGGACAUGGCGGAAACGGCUUUGGUGAUGGCUACGGUUUUGGCUUUGCUGGCGUUCCUCUUGGCGGAUAUGCCUACGGUCCUUUCGGAGACUACUUCGGCGAUAACGGCUACUGGGGCGGCCUCGGUGGCUAUGGUUAUGGGGUCCCUGCCCCCGGUUUGUCCUGGGGCCCUCAGGGUUCUGGAGGUUUUGGAGCCUCUUCGUCUUCUGUGGGUUCUGUCGGGGGCCAGGGCACAGCAAGGAGCACCCCUGCAGCUGCAGGAGUUGGUGGAGCUGCCAGUUCUAGCAGCGCUAGCCAAUCACCAGCGAGGCAAUAAGCAACCAUCGUCACCCUUCCUGGCAACACUACAAAAGCCAAACUAAUAUCUGCGCUUUUCUGGACAAUAAAAAAAGUACAACAGAUAUUCCAACGCUAAGAAAAUGUGACAAUUCGACAAGAUAAACUUAUUUACUACACAAUGAAUAAAACAGCCAAUCUUUCAACAGAAA